AUGUCACGUACUGCGUCGAAACUGCAUGAGGACUACUCAAAAAGUUUCACUCUGGGAUCCUCUGUGUAUGGGCCCUGGUCUCUCUCAAGCUUGUCAGUAGACUCUCAGGAGCUAGAGGUCCGGGCUGCUCAGGUCUAUACCUGGGAGGCUGGUAUUUUGGAAAGUAAGAAUAGGACCAUUCAACCCAAACCUGUACUGCAAGCAGACGCUUCGGGCAUUGUGAAAAGGUCUAUAAUUAAGGAUGCGCAGGAGACAACAGAGAAACUGAGUGAGGUCUUUGUCCGCCCACACUGGUCCAACAAGGUUGAAUACAUCAUAGCCCAGGUGGGCUACUCUCUCAAGCCACUCCAUCUCUGGCAUUUUCCCUUCCUGUGGCUUCACCACGGAAAUGGUAUCUUUUUCAUCAUCUACAUCCUCAUGAUGUUCUUGAUCGGUGUUCCGCUUCUGUUCCUGGAGAUGGCAACUGGUCAGAAGUUGCAGCAGGGCCCCAUUGUGGCGUGGAAGGCGACCAGCAUCUGGAUUGGUGGUUUGGGGUAUUCCAGCUUCAUGCUGUGCUUCCUUGCCAGCUUAUGCAUGAAUAUGAUCAAUGUCUGGACGCUCUUCUACUUGAGUCAGUCCUUCCAGUAUCCUCGCCCGUGGGAGCAGUGUCCCUUAGUGAUGAACUCCAGUGAAUUCGAUCCUGAAUGUGCACGGAUGACCCCCUCCAUGUACUUCUGGUAUUUGCUGACACUGAAGGCCUCAGACAAGAUUGACAUCGAUGGGCUACCACACAUAAGUCUCAUCCUGCCCCUGAGUGUGGCCUGUUUUCUUCUGGGUGCUUCCAUGUGCAAUGGACUCAAACUCCUAGGUAAGGUGAUGAAUUUAUUGGUGAUUCUGUCCUAUCUCAUCAUUUUCUUUUUCUUCAUCUGGACUCUGCUACUGGAAGGGGUAACAUUUGGCCUUCAAAAUAUGGUGGUUGGCAAGGUAUCGACUGUAUUCAACGUUACUGUGUGGUGGGAAGCAGGAAACCAAGUCUUAUAUGCCUUGGGCCUAGGCUUUGGCUCUGUUGUCUCCAUGUCAUCUCACAUCCCACAGACCAACAACUGUCUCAAAGAUGUCAUUAUCGUGGUUCUGCUCAAUAUAUUUACACUGCUGCUUUACACAGCUUUUGUCUUCUCUGUCAUGGGCUUCUGGGCCACAAUCAUCACUCACCGCUGCUUUGAGAAGAAUGCAGAAUUGCUUAUGGAUCUGGUGACCCGGGGUAAACUGCCUCCUGAGGCCAAGCCGCCUCCCAACCUGAAUGAAAACCCCAUGGACAUCUUUACCUCCUGGCUCCACAGACUUUCGGAGCCCACCAGGACCAGAGUCCUCUCGCACUUGACUGAGUGCAGCAGAGAAAAGCAGUUUUUGAAGAUUAAAGAGGGCUCCAGGUUUGCAUUCCAGGUCUUUAUUGAAACCAUGUCCUUCAUUCCGGGACACGUCCACUUGUCCAUCGUCUUCUUCGUGUUGCUGCUGUGUCUGGGUUUGAGCAGCAUGAUGGGGACCAUGCAAGGCCUCAUUGUCCCCCUCCAGGACUCCUUUGCCUUUUCCAGGAACCAUCCAAAGCUGUUUAUAGGGCUUCUCACAAUGGUCAUGUUCCUGUUUGGCAUUUUCUUCAUUCGACCUUCAGGCCUCUACUAUGUCAGACUGCUGAUCAACUUCUGGAUCCCCAUUCCCGUGGUCAUCUUCACAGUGCUUGAGGAUGUGGCUGUGGCCUGGCUGUAUGGGUCCAGGAGGUUCCUUCAAGAAUUUGCCUGUAUGUGUGACAGUCCCAUCUCUCCCAUCUACCAUUGGCUGUGGACGUGGCUGAUGCCGGUACUGCUCCUCAUCCAGUUUGUGAUCACAGUGAUUCAACGGUCCACACCAAUCACCUAUAUUGCUUGGGACCCCAAAACUUCAGAGGAGAAGCUCCAAGAACUGCCCCCGUUCUGGAAGACCCUGCAGAGCCUGGUCCUCUUUCUCAUCAUCUCCCCCAUCCCCACACACUUCGUCCACCUCCUGGCUCGUAAGAUUUUCUGCAGCUCCAAAAACCAAGUGAUGCCUUGGACAUCCCCCGAGGGCCUGUCCCAAAGUGCUCCAGGGGAUGAAAGCGUCAAGGAGGAAGAAGCGAGUGGAGCUGAAGCUGUGAAGGAGGAGUCCACUGUGCUGCCCGACUCCUAA